AUGAAAAACGAAGGGAACAUGAAUUUGGCUUAUGGCAGCAGUACCAGUACCCAGACUUUUGGAAUGGAGUCUGCAGAAAGUAGGACUACUAAUUUCUUUAAAGAGAAACAGAGGCGGUUUCGUCUCGGGCUGUUGACAAUCAUUUGUGCAGUCUUAUUACUUGCCUGUCUUGCUCUCGCUACGUAUGCGAUCUUGCUCUCGUUUAGGAAAGAAAAAGAUGCGACCAAAGACGAGGUGAAGUAUUGUACUUCGUCCACAUGCUUAGAAGUGGCAGCCGCUGUUAAGAAGAGCCUGAACGAAUCCGUGGAUCCGUGUGAAGAUUUUUAUCAGUAUUCCUGUGGCAGUUGGAUCGAGAACAAUCCAAUUCCACCAUCAGAAACAACAACGGCCACUUUUAUAACAGCAGCUAAGAAGAACGAUGAAAGAUUGUUGCUACUUCUGUUAGAAGACGACGAGCUUCCGAGCGAACAUGCCGUGAAAAAAGCGAAGAACUAUUUUAAAUCUUGCAUGACCGAGGACGACGAUAACAACACUGCUACAGUUGUUGAGUUAAAAAGCCUUAUCCGGCGUUUCGGAUCCUGGCCACUAGAUGUGGCCACUUGGAAUGUCUCAACAUGGAGUCUCAAUCACGCUUUAUUGGAAAUCCAUCGUGAUUAUUCUGCUACGACACCCUUGUUUGCGAUGACUGUGGAUGUGAACCCUUUUGAUUCUUCUCUAUAUAUUCUAAAGGUAUGACAUAACAUGUAAUUGUAAUCAUGUUAGGAUAUGAGUAGUCUCUUUAUGAUUAUAUAACUUGAUGGUAAAGUGCAUUCAGUAAAAACUCCGAAUGAACAACUGCUCGCAAAUUUUUUCUGUAGUUCCAGCCAGUUUAUGAAUAAUUCUAUUCCACAUCAGGUGAUCUAAUCUCCGCUAGAUUACUUGUGUUGUUAUUUUUACCACGCCGGACACAACAAUUUAGAAGUUUAUUCUCCUUAUGAUCAAGUAUCCGCAAUAUUUUUGCAGUUCCACAAAGUUUAUGAUCCCGUUCCAACUCAUUUAAUAAAAUAACUGGCAGAUUUCUUCAGUUUUUAUUUGUACUACACCAAACUCUCAACAAUUAAGAAGUUCGCUCACAAUGAACAGGGAAAUGAUUGACAAGCAACAAGAUGAGAAGGGCUUUUGGCGACUGAGCAUAAUUUUGAAACAAGAGGUGUAAAUGCAUCGAAAGAUCUUUGAACUAGCAACUAUGCAACUUUAAGUUUGUCUAACAUAUUUUUCCUAGUAAGAGAGCGAUCCUGAAGCGCAUCCGCGGGGUAAAACAUGUUUAACCAGGUUGGACAAGAUAAAUGCUUAUCCGCGUUUGACCACGACUGCUUCAUCACGCGUUAAGGUUAUCAAACACAAUUUCACAACGUCGCAAUUUUCAGUCGCAUCAAACAAGGUGUUAAAAUGAAAACAUGAAUCAACAGGUGUACUUUUUUGAAUAUGGGUCAGUCCGAAUUUAAAUUAAAUUCAUUCGGCGUCUCAACCGGGCCUUUUUGGUUUUCUCUUUUGUCAUAGAUCAAUCCUCCAUCUUUGAGUCUCAUUCGGGAACAGUACUUGACAGAGGAUAGCAAGGUAUAAAAAUCACGACGUUUUACUUCAGAAACUAGAAAAAUAAUUUCCUAAAUGUUUACUCAGUGGAUCCUGUUCUGAAUCAAUUGGUGUUCUAUUAAAGCUUGUUCCUUGUACGAGAGCUAGUUUUCGCGCUGAAGUAUGAAUACAGAGUUAAAUUGAAGUUGUACGAAAACAAAAGAGUUUAACAAUGGUAAUUUAAUUAAUUUUGAUCUUCCUUUCCUGUAUUUUAAAUUAUUUAAAAAAACUUGCAAAGUUACGUUAGCUGCCAAUAUAAGAAACAAUUCCACCUUCACGCUGUGAAGUCACAGACACAAGAAGAAUGUACAAAUUUAAUGAUCAAAAUUUUGUGGCUUGUUAUCAACUGAAUAUGAUCAAUGUUGAGCGCACUUUGAUAUCAUUAAGUUGGCUGGAUUAAACCAUUCAUCGGCCACGUUAUGAGGAAUUUUAAAAAGGACAUUUCUCGGACAUUUUCCAUGUGAGCUAGUCAGGAUGUUGCGCCGUAGAUGAAAAAAUCAUAACCUCACAAUUUAUGUUUUAUUUUUUGGGGGCCAUUUUAGACACGAGUGGCAUACGUGAAUUACAUGACCAAAAUAGGAAAGUUGCUUGGAAGUCCUGAUAGUAAUCAAACAAAAGAACAAAUGGAAAAAGUUUUAGAGCUGGAGGGAAAACUGGCCCAGGUAAGUUUAUCUCCUUAGAAUGAACGAAUACGAUACAUGCAUUAUAACAUACUGCUGUUUUGUGUUGAUAUUACAGAUAAUACCUGCGGCGAGCGAAUUGGGGAAGAAUUUCCUGCGAAACAUGAAUAUGACGGAGCUCGAGAAAUUGGCACCUGGUUUCGAGGUAGGAAAUUUCUUAUGUUAAUUCUGAGCCUGAAAGAGAUCUUUGUUGAUUCAGCAGCUGGUGUUGAGAUCUGAUACAGCGACACAAGUGCUUAUCGAGUUUUCAACGCCAAUUCAGUGCUCACUCUAGUUUAUGUUCUAAAUCUUUUCUUAGCAUAUUUUGCGACAAAGAGAUACAUCUUUAAGGAGCAUAAUGCUUCACAAGGUGAUACAUUCCAAGUCGGUUUCAUCACCUGAGGGACACUCGUAUAGUCUGCAGUCGAUGAGUCUCGAUACCCAUCAGAAGAAACGUCAUAAUAGAAGAAACAAUGACAGCUUUUGAUUCGUGUAUUCGCCACGAUGAAUACCUCACAAAAUGUUAAUUUGAUUGAACGUAGAAUCACAUCAUGUCUUCCCAUAUGAUUGGACUUUAAUUUUCCGUUUACUCUCACUUUCCAUUCGGAUUUGAUAGGCCCCGAAAAAUGCUGCUUAUUAAAAAACACAUCUUCCUUCCCAAGUUUAUUUGGUGUGUUCCUGGGAGAAUAACAUUGCUCUAUUAUCUGGACAUAUUUGAAUAAUGUUAAAUGACAGAUUGUGGUUCCCUUUUAGUUCACCUGGUUGGAAUUUAUCAACGAACUGUUAAAACCUUUCAACGUGUCGCUGAACGCUUCAGAUAUAGUCAUGGUCCCUUCGCCAGAGUAUCUUCGGAACCUCUCCUACAUUGUGAACAACACCAGCAAAGAGUAAGGAGAUAAGAUACAUCUUUCAAUAGGCUUGACUUGUAGUUACUUUAUGUAAUGAAUUCGAGGGAGGAAUCAAGCCCCGAAAAAGGUAGUGAAUAAAACCUUUCAAUAAGUCAGUCAUCCAUUAAGUCUCACCUGUUGCUAAGCAAAGUUCAAAACCUCUGCUCAUCUUUUGUUCAGUAUUGGGUAUUUAUUGAGCUUGUCACUAACCUGCAGUGAUCAGUGCAUCAACCAUCGAUGCAGUCAAUCCUAGUCAGAUAGCAUUUCAGCCAGGAAGUCCAUCAUUCAGUCAGUCAGCCAGUCAGUCCAACAUUCAGUCAUUCAGCUAGUCAGUCCACCAUUCAGUCAGUCAGACAGUCAGCAGGUCAGUCAACCAGCUGGUCGAUCCAUCAUUCAGCCAAUCAGGCAGUCCAUCAGUCAGUCAGUCAAUUAGUCAGUCCAUUAUUCAGUCAGCUAGACAUCUAGCAGGUCAGUCAGUCAGCUUAUAGUAGAUCUGUCAGUCGGCAAGUCAGUUAUUCACCUGGCCAGUCACUCUGUCAGUCAAUCUGUUAAUCAGUCUAUCAACUACACAAAGAUAUUUAUUCGGUAAAAAAGUAAGUUCAUGGAGUCAGACGGAAAUUUGAUAUUUGAUACCAUCGAAACAUCUUUCCUCAGGACAAUGGCGAGUUACGUGAUCUGGAAUUUUGUUCAAUCUGUUGUUCCCUACAUGUCGCAUGUAUUCCGGUCUGCUUUAUUGGAAUAUCAGAAGGAGACGAUAGGAACCAAAUCUGCUCCUCCUCGAUGGUAUUCGUGCAUCGAGGACGAGAAUGGCUAUUACCAUGGACUGACAUUUGCUUUGGGAUAUAUAUGGAUUUCAAAAGUGUUCGACGUUGAAAUUAUACCAUUUGUGAGUACAGUGUACCAUUUGAGUAUUCCUUGUUAGCAAACUAAGCAGUGGUUUUGUAGACAAUCUUAGUGUUUGGCCGUUAGAGAAUUAUCUAAACACUCCUUCAUCACAUACACGCACGUAAUUCCUUCACCCCUUCCCCUCUGACUCUCCUUGCCACUUCCCCCCCCCUUUACCCUUAAACUUUGCUUUGUUAGAUUUUGUCUCUGAAAUUUCUCACGCAAAAUGUUUAAAACUUAAAUAUGUGUUUUUGUGACAGAUUCAAGAUAUGUCAAAAAGAAUAAGGAGUGUAUUUAGAAAUGAAACGUCCCAACUCGAUUGGAUUGACGACGAAACUCGACGAAAAAUUGACGAAAAGGUGCAGUAAAAUUUAACCAAAAUCAGAAUAGCACACUUUUGAUAAUAUGCAUUGGUCACUUACUUUAUUAAUGACAGGUAAUCUAAGGUUGUCUACGAUUCGAUUUUAGGAAGAUGCAAUGAAAUUCCACAUUGGCUUUCCCAAGCUCUGUGCCAACGAAACAUUGCUGAACGAGUUUUACAAAGAUGUAAGUGUGCACAUACCGUCUAGUAUGGAAGUGUGAAGUGAUAUGAGGCGGGUAAGCGAUAUUUUGUGAUUGCAAAAAUCUCUGAUCCUUACAUCCCGGCAUAUCCAAGUCUACUCUACAAUACUGAAAGCAAUCUGCAAAAGUCCUCGCUUAAAUUUCCUGGAACUAGAGAAUGCAGCUAUAUUUGUAUUUAUAAAGCAUGAGCAGAAAAUCGCUUGCAUUGACGAUUGCAAAGCCAAAUGCUUUUUGACAAGCGGCAAAGGGCGACACCGUUACGCUUACAUUGAAUCUCCUUAAUUUGGCAAGAUUCCAUCUCACAAACAGUCGCAAUUUUCUAUUCCCUGUAAUGAUCAUACAAAUUACGUUGACAACGCAAAGCGGUUCAAAACUAAUGUGGACCCACUUUUCGGAUCAACUAAUGUCAAAUUUCCUUUUUAGUUGAACAUCAAUGAGAAUGAUUAUCUUAAGAACGUCUUGAGUGUGAUGAUAUGGAAAAGGAGAUUGGCCUUUUCAAAACUUAAGACAGCGGUGGACAAAGACCAGUAAGUACAAAAGACCUGAUACUUAACUAUGAGUGUGCACAUUCUAAGCUGACCAUCACCAUUAUAUUUUGCAAUCAGAUGCUCUUCUUACCGUUGUAUUCGUGUUUCUAAGGAAUCCUCCAGUUCCAUUAAUAUUAGUACCCAAUUUUAGUUAGAUUUUGAUCCAAUACCGGUUUACUUUUCCAAAACAAUACAUGUUAUAAUCAAAUUGAGAUGACUGCUUCCAGAGUUGCGAUCGGUAAUAGACAGUUUGAAAUGUUUUCCUAAUCCGAUCUGUUUUCUUGGGCUCAUCAUUUUGUUUGAUUGCAUAUUCGCUUGACAGUUUAACGCGCACUCCUUUCGGAGUCUGAAAGCUGGCUGAAUGCCAUUCAGCCAGCUUUCAUGUGAUCCACCCUUGCUCAAGGAAGGAUUAUAUAGCAUAAUGACUAAAUAGCAUCGAUUAAGUCAUUUUUUCUUUUCUCUCGUCUCAGAUGGUUCACUGGACCUCAGAAAGUUAACGCAUUUUACUUACGAAGCAGGAACGAAAUAAGUAAGUAGGAAUCACAUCUUAAACAAAGAUAGCUUAUAGCUAUCAUUUGACUUUAAUUUGUACCAAACCUUUUGAAACGACAUCAUCCUUAUAUCAUCUCCAUAUAAAGACUAGAAAAAUUGUUGAAAUAUCUAAGUGCACACACUUAAUACCAUUAACUUAUCUUAAUUGAAGAAACAGCACUAAGUUUUUUUUUUUUUUUUUUUUUACCGUCUACUGUAACCAUCAAGCUUCACGUUCCUCAUAUCCCUACUCUUACCACGAGCUUUAAAAUUUCGAAAAGGAAAUUCUUAAUCUGAACGUGAACUGUAGCUCGAACGUCUCCAUUCAAGUUUAACAUGACGAUGAUCUCUUCGGUAGGUAUUUUAGCAGGAAUUCUUCAGCCUCCAUUUUAUUACGGACGAAAAGCUCCAAGGUAUGAGCAGGAGCUCCCUUUCAUUUAAAAAUAAAUAAGUAACGAAACGAAAGGGCAAUAUCAAAACGCUAAUUGAAAAAUCAUCAUCAGUGAUAUUUUAGUUCGGAAGUGUCGAGAGGAGAAAAUUAUAGAAGUCAAAACAUAAUAUUGAUAUCAGGCAUCUGCUAAUGGUCGAGAAAUUGAUGUGAAGAGACGGAUCACUCAAGUUCUACGCAGUUAGGAAACUUUGGAUAACUUCAGGAACUUUGCGAGCUCUUUCUCCCUAGAAAUAUACGCAUCUAGUAUAAUGGUUUGAAACCGUGCAACUAAUCGUAGCCACAAAAUUCUGUCGCGGAGGCAGAGAUUUUCGCAAAAAUCUAACAUGUCCUACGAGGCAAAUUUUCGCUGCGGUGUGUCGAAGUGACUUGUUUUGAGAGCAAUACACACGGCGCUGCUUUUCGCGAACAGUUGUUGUUGAAGUUAAAAAGCUUUCCACUCUUUCUUUCUCUUAACUGAUUCGAAAUAUGAAAUGACGAGUUAUCUUUGUCUGUAAAGUAGAUUUAAACGGUCUUUCAUAUUUAUAGGCUAGUUUUGUCCACUUUUCAUCUUCAGAUCCAUAAACCUUGGUGGGAUUGGAGUGAUUCUAGCACACGAGUUAUCUCACGGAUUUGACGCCGCUGGUCAGUAAAGCUAAAAUGUUAAAAAGUGCCGGUUUUGAUUGUACUGAAAGUUUAUUCCUGAAAGAUAUAGCACUUUACCUUAAUCCUUGAUCACGUAGUUUUGAACAGGUUUUGUUUUCGCUAUUUAUUUCGUUUUUAUUUUGCUUAUUCUGUAUCGCUCAGUUAGAGCAUUUUAAUCCCACUCUUUGCUGGAUUCAUCAAGGCCGCGCACAUACUGUGGACCUAAAGACCGAUAGGAUAAGUAGUAGACAGCUUCAGUGACUUUUUCAUAACGCUUACGCUUUCCAGGGAGAAAGUUCAACGAGAAUGGAGAGGUUGUUGAAGACUGGUGGAGCAGUUCUUCGUCUCAAGGAUUCAAAGAGAGAUCCAAAUGCAUUGUGGACCAGUACAGCAAGUUCUCAGUAGAUGUUGGAGGUGGAAAAAGAGAAAACGUAAGUUACAAGGAAGAAAUCAUCAAUGAAGCGUUUGGAUUUGAAUCUCUCUUUUUUCGUGGGAGAGAGGAGGGGGGAGGUGUAUGUAUGUGUCUAUGUAUGCAACCAUGGAUGUUGUAUAUAAAGCGUUUAUUUAAUCGUUUAAUUAAGCGUUUAUACAUAUACAUAUAUAUAUAGUGUAAAAAUUUUGACUCUCGUAAAACAGUGCUCAAUACAUAAGAGUACAGCGAUGUAUAUAUUGUGGGAGGAAAAAGAUAAAUAAACUACAAGUUCAUCCCUACAACAGGCUUGUAGGGAUGAACUUGUAGUUUAUUUGUCUUUUUCCUCCCACAAUAUAUAUAUAUAUAUAUAUAUAUAUAUAUAUAUAUGUAUGUAUGUAUGUACGUAUUUAUCUAUGUAUUUAUACAUCCAUCCAUGCGUCCAUACAUUCAUGUAUCCUUGCAUUUAUGCAUCCAUUUCAUGUGGAGAAAAGCGCUAUUGUCCGUUAUACUCCGGGACCUUUUCAUCGGAUGGUUGAAAUCGUGCUCGGCAAGUGUCGAGUUCUGGCAAGAAUAUUUCGGUUGAGUAACUUUUGCCUGAAGGUGACAUCUUUAAGCAUUAAUGUAACUUAAGAGAUUUGAAGACAAAAGUUGGGUGUGGGGGGAGGGGAGUGAGAAAGUGAGAAGUGAUUGAUUGCCACUAAGCAAAGGGUCGCGGUGACUUCAAAGUCUAAGUUGUUUCGACCAUUUUUUUUUCUUGUCCACUCUGACUUGGUCAGUUUAUGGCUCAAUUACUUCACAAAAAAAGAAAACAUUCAAACGCAUUUUAUAGGCAGAAAAUAUUCUUUUUUGCUUUUAAAACUCAACAAUCGAAGCAUCACUCGAGCAACUUUUUCGCCAUUGCUCAUUUAUUUUCAUUGGCUUAAGAAGCAUUCAAUGUGGUAGCUGAUAUACAAGAUGACAACUUUAGUUUUUAACUUUGACGAAUCGCUUUUUUAAAGUUUAAUCAGUGAAAAACUUUUUUAACUUGAACUUCGAAUACAUUUUCUUGGAAUUCUUUAACAGGUGACUAAGCGCUAGAUAGAUGUAGACCUUUCACUAUCAAUUCGUCCGUCCAUCCAUCUAUUCAUUAUCCAUCCAUCCAUCUAUUCAUUAUCCAUCCAUCCAUCUAUCCAACCAUGCAUGCAUCCAUCCUACAUAUAUUUAUUCACUCAUCCAUCCAUUCAUCUACAUAUCCAUUCAUCCAACCAUCCAUAAAUCCAUCAUAAAUUUCUCCACCCAUCCAUCCUUCUAUCCAGCCAUCCAUCAAUCAACCCAUCCAUCUAUUCUUCUAUUAAUUCAUCAUUGAUCUCUCCACCCAUCCGUCCUUCUUUCCAUCCAUCCAUCCAUCCAUCCAUCCCUCCAUCCAUGCAUUCCUCCAUCCAUAACAACAACAACAACAGCAUUUAUUUAAACACGAUAAAAAAUUCAGCAAAAGCUGAUGUGGUCGUGUACGGACAAUAAAACUAAAUUCCUAACUAAAUCCAAUAAAACUAAAUUCCUAACUAAUUAUAAGAAGACUAAUGUAAGAUUUCUACAUAAUUUUCAACAAUAAAAAUUCUACAUAGUACAUCAUUAUAACAUACGUGGCUUAAAAAUAGACUUGAGUGACUUUUUAAAAGCGUCAACGUCUUGAAUUGAUCUCAUUUGAUUUUCCAGAGCGUUCCACCGAGUAAUUGACUUGUAUGAGCAUGAUUUCUUGACCAUAUCGGUCUUAGGUCUAGGUAACUUAAAUGUCAUUUUCCUCCUGAAGUCGUAGCUACUUACAUACUUUUCAAAGUGACGGCUCAUAGGACGUGGCAAAAGAUUAUAAUAAGCCUGAUGCGCUAAGAUUAGUAAUCGUUUCUCAUACAUAAUCUCUAAGGUAUUCCAUUUUACUGUGGCAAGAACCUCCUUGCUUGGAGUAAGAUUUUUAUUCAAGCUCUUACUUUUUUAUCUGAAUUGAUCCAGUUGAAUGGUGAACUGACUUUGAGUGAAAACAUUGCAGACAACGGUGGCAUUCGUAUGGCUUAUUUGGUAAGUCUAACUGUAACACAUCACACCACAUUUCACCUCUAUAAAAUCAAGCUAUUUCAUCUAUGACUGUCUCACUCACUCUUGAUUGUUCUGAGAACUAGCAGUAGUCAAGUGGUGUUAGAAGAUGCUGGGGGUGCAAGGUAGAGAUCAGCUCCCGGAAGAACAACUUGCAUCAAACCAUUUUGAAUACGAUGUAUCUAUUUAAUUUUUUUCAAUAUCUAUAUUUAUGUAAAGUGAUUUUGUAAUUUCUUUUUUUUGGUAACAAUCUAUAUGCUAGUUAUCAUUCAUAACACUUUAACUUGUUUAUGAAUCUUAUAUACAGGGCUAUAAGGAUUGGCUUAAGAACAAUGCUCCCGAACCUCAGUUGCCUGGCCUGCAGAUGACUCACGAGCAGCUCUUAUUUGUGAGCUUUAGUCAGGUGAGGAGUGGGUGAGGUGGGGGAGGCUUGUAGUUAAGUCAGAUGAGGAGCUGAGUAGGUAGGGCAGAACCUUGAAUUCCGUUUUUAAUUGAGCUAAUUGUUUUAAUCUCAUUUUUCUCCUCCUUGCAGAGGAGAUUAAAAUAGUUAAAACAAGGAAUUCUCCUGCAUUUUAUUACGGACAACUUUGCUUUUUGGGUAGAAGGACAUAUGACGAAGCACCUAGGAAGUCAGUUAGUCAGUGACCUCCAGACGAUGUAAUGUAACUAUCCUAAGGGCUGGAGUUUCAAUGAAUAGAGCUAACUCUUGCUCCCUCUUGAGUUCCCAAGACAUAAUUUCUCCUUACAAUAUCAAUAGAAUAUCAAAUAGACUGGUGAUGAGAACAGAGAAUUAUCGAGUAGGGCAUAAUUAGUUAUUCCAAUGUCAAAUUCUCUGAGCUUACAUCAUAGGAAUUAUGUGGCAGACAGAAGGGAGGAUUACAAUGAAGUGAAAGGUUUAUAUAACUGAAUUUUGGUUAAAGCUUUGCCGUUACUCACAAUGGGUUUUGCAUUGUUUAGGCAUUUUGUGCUGCCAUGACUCCAUCAGCGGCCUUCCGCUUCACAAAAGCAAGCGUGCACUCAAUACCACGCUACAGGUAAGACGUAUAAGAAAUUCUGUGAAUGGAAGUGGGGACCCCUUCUCCUCCCUGGAUCCACCUCUUAUAUAUCUAAGAUCAUAAGCCCUUUUUGCCUCGAAUGGUUCUUCUGAUAUUUUAAAUGACGUAUAGAAGCUGACGUCCAAUUUUCACCAUAUUUCGACGUCUUUAAAAAAGCCAAAGGAAAAUAAAAAUCAAACCAAGAAUAGGGUUGAACCACGAUAUGUUCUCGAAAUUUAAUUCAAGCUGCGUUGAUUUCAGUUACAUCCAAGCUGAUUUCCAUGUGGUUUGUUAAGCGUCGGUUUUUUGACGGUUUGUUACAAUCUUGCCUCUGUGUGGACAUUUUUCUCUAGUUUACUAGUUCCAGUCUAAUUCACUCAGGAGCCCUGAUGAGUGCAUUCGUCUUCUCAGUUUGUUGCUCACCUUUUCAUAUUUUCGUUGCCGUUUUCUUCAGGAUUAUCGGCUCGUUGUCAAAUAUGGAGGAAUUCUCCGAAGCAUUCAAGUGUUCCGCUGGUCGAAGAAUGAAUCCCAAGAAGAAAUGUAAACUAUGGUAAAUCACAGACAUAACGAAUCUGUCUGUGAAACCUAUUAGCAGGUGUUGCAGAUACUAAUUUAGGUUUUUCCUCCUCUCAAUUCUAAACAUGAAUACGGUUAAAUAUCGUUAAUUAUCGCCAUAUCUCCACACCAAAUAUAUCCUUCAAUAUCUUUUACAAUCAAAAGUGAUUCCAAUUAAGAGAAAAGUCGGAUCAAUAUCAGUAUCUGGGCAACUGCCCACUUACCCCUCCCCUAACCCAACAACAGUUAGGGGAGGGUAGGUGGGCAGUUGCCCAGAUAUUGAUAUUGAUCCGAAAAGUCAAAGGUAACUGCAGAUGUAAUAUCUAAAUACGUCUGCAAUUCAAUCAUUAAUGCCACUUGCAAAACGAAGACAGUCAAGCUAAGGAAGAGUGCCAUAUUUUGUAUUUUGUUUUCUUCUUAGAAAAAAGUUAGUUCCACAACAAUUCUGACUGCAGAUUUCGAAAAAAUUUUUUACGUAUCCUAAUUCUUAUACACAUUUUAGGUGUAAUUUAGUUCGCAGAUUAAAAUUUAAGAGAGAUAUCCUAACAUGCAGUAAGGAAUUGUGUGAAAAAACGUUGCAAGAAAAACAUAGAUCUGAUUUUGUCCGGGAUGUUUAUAGCUUUAAAACGAUAUUUUUCGACGUGUAAGAGUAGUUUGAAGAGAGUGUAUUUUAGCCAUCCAAACAAAAUCCCCUUUCUACAUAAAAUAGCAGGACAUAGAGUGCAUGGAUUUUUGUGUUUCGCUGUGUUCAGCGUAUACGGCUCUAAAACAGAGGGGCGGGGGAGGGCAUAAUCCUCCUUAAAAAUUGAGGUGAGUUCGCAUAUUGAUUCAUUUGCCAGGCGAUUGUUGCAUGUUAAAAGAAAGAUGUACGUAACGAAGAUGCUGUAAAAAACAAGUUGUAUAACAAUAAACAAAUCAGUGAGACCCUAUGAUUCAAGAUAAAAGCAUCUCUUUUAUUUACAGAAAAUACACCGUCAAAUUUUGAAGAUCGUGACAAAAUGAGCUAAAGAAAAAUUCACCUAAUAUAUCUUCGACAAGAUAGCGAGUCUCGACCAUAGAAGUAUUUUUUAAAAUCAGUAAAUACAACUGGGCAUAGCAAACUAAAAUUGUCUUCGACACUAUGAGCGUUUAACUAGAAAAUACGGCUUACGAAGCCGUCUGUAUUUUGUGACACUCACGUUUUGCCAAG